AGUCACCAUGUGUGAGGAGGCUAGGUGGUUGUUGUCGAGGGGGUGUAAGAAGGUUGUAGUCACCAUGUGUGAGGAGGCUAGGUGGUUGUUGUCGGGGCAAGUCGGGAAUGUAAGAAGGCUGUAGUCACCACGUGUGAGGAGGCUAGGUGGUUGUUGUCGAGGGGGUGUAAGAAGGUUGUAGUCACCAUGUGUGAGGAGGCUAGGUGGUUGUUGUCGGGGCAAGUCGGGAAUGUAAGAAGGUUGUAGUCACCAUGUGUGAGGAGGCUAGGUGGUUGUUGUCGAGGGGGUGUAAGAAGGCUGUAGUCACCAUGUGUGAGGAGGCUAGGUGGUUGUUGUCGAGGGGGUGUAAGAAGGUUGUAGUCACCAUGUGUGAGGAGGCUAGGUGGUUGUUGUUGAGGGGGUGUAAGAAGGUUGUAGUCACCAUGUGUGAGGAGGCGCGGUGGUUGUUGUUGAGGGGGUGUAAGAAGGCUGUAGUCACCACGUGUGAGGAGGCUAGGUGGUUGUUGUCGAGGGGGUGUAAGAAGGCUGUAGUCACCAUGUGUGAGGAGGCUAGGUGGUUGUUGUUGAGGGGGUGUAAGAAGGUUGUAGUCACCAUGUGUGAGGAGGCAAGGUGGUUGUUGUCGAGGGGGUGUAAGAAGGUUGUAGUCACCAUGUGUGAGGAGGCUAGGUGGUUGUUGUCGGGGCAAGUCGGGAAUGUAAGAAGGUUGUAGUCACCAUGUGUGAGGAGGCUAGGUGGUUGUUGUCGAGGGGGUGUAAGAAGGUUGUAGUCACCAUGUGUGAGGAGGCUAGGUGGUUGUUGUCGGGGCAAGUCGGGAAUGUAAGAAGGCUGUAGUCACCACGUGUGAGGAGGCUAGGUGGUUGUUGUCGAGGGGGUGUAAGAAGGUUGUAGUCACCAUGUGUGAGGAGGCUAGGUGGUUGUUGUCGGGGCAAGUCGGGAAUGUAAGAAGGUUGUAGUCACCAUGUGUGAGGAGGCUAGGUGGUUGUUGUCGAGGGGGUGUAAGAAGGCUGUAGUCACCAUGUGUGAGGAGGCUAGGUGGUUGUUGUCGAGGGGGUGUAAGAAGGCUGUAGUCACCAUGUGUGAGGAGGCUAGGUGGUUGUUGUCGAGGGGGUGUAAGAAGGCUGUAGUCACCAUGUGUGAGGAGGCUAGGUGGUUGUUGUCGUGGGGGUGUAAGAAGGCUGUAGUCACCUUGUGUGAGGAGGCUAGGUGGUUGUUGUUGAGGGGGUGUAAGAAGGCUGUAGUCACCAUGUGUGAGGAGGCUAGGUGGUUGUUGUUGAGGGGGUGUAAGAAGGUUGUAGUCACCAUGUGUGAGGAGGCGCGGUGGUUGUUGUUGAGGGGGUGUAAGAAGGCUGUAGUCACCACGUGUGAGGAGGCUAGGUGGUUGUUGUCGAGGGGGUGUAAGAAGGCUGUAGUCACCAUGUGUGAGGAGGCUAGGUGGUUGUUGUUGAGGGGGUGUAAGAAGGUUGUAGUCACCAUGUGUGAGGAGGCUAGGUGGUUGUUGUCGAGGGGGUGUAAGAAGGUUGUAGUCACCAUGUGUGAGGAGGCUAGGUGGUUGUUGUCGGGGCAAGUCGGGAAUGUAAGAAGGCUGUAGUCACCACGUGUGAGGAGGCUAGGUGGUUGUUGUCGAGGGGGUGUAAGAAGGCUGUAGUCACCAUGUGUGAGGAGGCUAGGUGGUUGUUGUCGAGGGGGUGUAAGAAGGCUGUAGUCACCAUGUGUGAGGAGGCUAGGUGGUUGUUGUCGAGGGGGUGUAAGAAGGCUGUAGUCACCAUGUGUGAGGAGGCUAGGUGGUUGUUGUCGAGGGGGUGUAAGAAGGCUGUAGUCACCAUGUGUGAGGAGGCUAGGUGGUUGUUGUCGUGGGGGUGUAAGAAGGCUGUAGUCACCUUGUGUGAGGAGGCUAGGUGGUUGUUGUUGAGGGGGUGUAAGAAGGCUGUAGUCACCAUGUGUGAGGAGGCUAGGUGGUUGUUGUUGAGGGGGUGUAAGAAGGUUGUAGUCACCUUGUGUGAGGAGGCUAGGUGGUUGUUGUUGAGGGGGUGUAAGAAGGCUGUAGUCACCAUGUGUGAGGAGGCUAGGUGGUUGUUGUUGAGGGGGUGUAAGAAGGCUGUAGUCACCUUGUGUGAGGAGGCUACGUGGUUGUUGUUGAGGGGGUGUAAGAAGGCUGUAGUCACCAUGUGUGAGGAGGCGCGGUGGUUGUUGUCGAGGGGGUGUAAGAAGUUUGUAGUCACCUUGUGUGAGGAGGCUAGGUGGUUGUUGUCGAGGGGGUGUAAGAAGGUUGUAGUCACCAUGUGUGAGGAGGCUAGGUGGUUGUUGUUGAGGGGGUGUAAGAAGGCUGUAGUCACCACGUGUGAGGAGGCUAGGUGGUUGUUGUCGAGGGGGUGUAAGAAGGCUGUAGUCACCAUGUGUGAGGAGGCUAGGUGGUUGUUGUCGAGGGGGUGUAAGAAGGCUGUAGUCACCAUGUGUGAGGAGGCUAGGUGGUUGUUGUCGAGGGGGUGUAAGAAGGCUGUAGUCACCACGUGUGAGGAGGCUAGGUGGUUGUUGUCGAGGGUAGGCCUCGGCAAGGUAAGGUAAUUUACCCU